GGUUGGGGCGGCGCCGGGCCUCAGUUGGCGCGUGUCGACCGUGGUGUCAGCUGCCCCUCCUCUGCUUCCGUCGUUUCUUCUGCGCUCAUCUUUCUUGGAGACGAUGACUUCACUUCGGGCAGUUCUCGUGCUGGCGCUGGUGGCUACGGCGUACGCCGCGCCCGCGGUCCACCAGGUGGCAGAGGCGGGCCGGUCGCACCACGAGGAGGCGGGACCGGAGCACACAGGCAUGACGCCGGCCAUGGUUGAGUCGACUGCAGCGGAGGGCGCGGCUGAGAGUCAGCCGGACGUCGAGGUGUCCGUGUCCACGUCCACGUCCAUGGAGAUCACUGCCGUCACGUCCUCGGUCAGCGAGGAGAUGACGCCGAUGCCCGACCAGGCGUUGGCCGGCGAGGCACAGGCGACAGCCGAGGAGGCCCCGGCCGCGGAAGAGGAGACCAAGGCGGCGGAAGAGGAGGCCCCGGUCGCGGAAGAGGAGACCAAGGCGGCGGAGGAGGAGGCCCUGAUUGCAGAAAAGGAGGUCAAGGCAACGGAGGAGGACGUUCCGGUCGCGGAGGUUGAGGCAGCUCCGGCGGAGUUGGAGGAGGAGGAGGGGGCGGAGGUGAUGGUUUCGGAUCUGGGGGACGUCGCCUCCAACGAAAUCGAGGACAGCACGAAUAAUGACCUCCAGAUGGCGGCCGAGGCCAGUGUGGAUGUGGCUGAGGAACAAGAGGAGGCCGCUGAGCCGACAGCAGUCCCGCAAAUGGUUGAGGUCGCCACCUCUGUCUCCAUGAAGAUGACCGAGACGAUGAUGUCGGUGUCCUCCGAGAUGAACGAGGUCGAGGAGGAGCGAGAGCAGGAAGAGUCCAGUGGCGAUGGAGAGGACCAGGUCCAAGCCGACGUCGCCUACCUAGCCGACACCACCCAUGCCGUGGAGCUCGCGCAGGAUUUCGACGAGGGCAGCGGCGUCGAAGCCGACUUCGCCGGCAGCGGUAUGGAGGCUGACUUCGAGGGCUCUGCCUCUGGCGACGAGUUCGCCAUCGACAUCAGCAGCUACUCGGCCGGCGAGGAGGCCUCCGGCUUCUCGGCGCAGGACGAGACCGAGGCAUCCGGCGACGACACCACCAAGGGCACACUCAUCUUCGACCUGGGCGCCGGGGCGUCCGACGAGCUGCAUGACCUGGUGCAGCAGACGGUGCUGGAGGCGCUGAUGGACGAGGGCCUGCUGUCGGCCACCGAGGUCAGCCCCGUCAUCCAGGCCGAAGGCAGCGGCAUCGUCUUCCUCGACAGCAGCGGCUCCGGUGACGGCGACGGCGACAGUGCACCCUUCGUCUCUAUCCACUUUUGAUGUGGUAGCCUAUUUCUGGGGACGUUUCUGUACUGAGGAGGGGCGAGGGACGCCCGUGAGAAACUGCAUAACGCGUAACCGUGGCAUUACACGAAGCCAGUGGGCCAGUUGUUGAGUGGUGCCGCCGUGAGGUGCCUGCUCGUGUUUAGUGAGCCUCAGGGCGUGCGCCGGAGACGCUCUUCAUGUUCAAACUGUUCGUAUUUAUUGUUGGUCCCACCUUGCCAUGUGCUCCCGUGCGUUCAUCAUCUCAUCACCAGCUCUGCUCGCACUGACAAGUGUGUCGCUAUUCGCAAGACCUCACUGAUAUUACCCGUCACCCCUGUUUGUGUGAGAUGCUGGCCGUUUGCUCGCGUUGCCUCCUACUUUGCGUUGUAGCUGCGUUUUUUCCAGACCUUUACCUGUGUUGACGCGUCCGCCUCAUGGCUGGCGGACAAAUGACCCUGCCGUCGUUGAUGGCGGUCCCAUGUAGGACAGCUGUCGGCUCUAGCAAUAAAUACCAGAUGUACGGAACGAGCGA